AAUUCCAUUUUCCUGGAUUUGAAGUUUCGUCUGGGCUUGUGCCGACAUACAUUUUGGAGGAAGGUAGCAACAUUUGGCACAGGAGUGCUUGGCAGGGAAAAACCAAGUUGCCGAAACGAACUCUUCAACUGUAAAGACUUUUAAUAAGAGUGAUGGCUUUAAAUGUGCUACUAGAGAAAGAGAAAAUAUUUUUCAUGGCUGUAGUUCUACUAACUUAUUUGGCACGUCAGGGGAUCUGUGAAACAGGAGACUGUAGACAACAAGAAUUCAGAGAUCGUUCUGGAAACUGUGUUCUAUGCAAGCAAUGUGGACCAGGCAUGGAAUUGUCUAAGGAAUGUGGCUUUGGCUACGGGGAGGAUGCCCAGUGUGUGACUUGCCGGCCGCACAGGUUCAAGGAGGACUGGGGCUUCCAGAAGUGCAAGCCAUGCCUGGACUGUGCACUGGUGAGCCGCUUCCAGAAGACCAACUGCUCUGCCACCAGUGAUGCCAUCUGUGGGGAUUGCCUGCCAGGAUUUUACCGGAAGACAAAACUAGUGGGUUUUCAAGACAUGGAAUGUGUGCCCUGCGGAGACCCUCCCCCGCCAUAUGAACCCCACUGUACAAGCAAGGUUAAUCUCGUGAAGAUCGCAGCCACAGCUUCCAGCCCCCGGGACACAGCUCUGGCUGCCGUGAUCUGCAGCGCUUUGGCCACUGUACUCCUAGCACUGCUUAUUCUCUGUGUCAUCUAUUGUAAGAGGCAGUUCAUGGAGAAGAAGCCCGGCUGGUCUCUGAGAGCCCAAGACAUGCAAUACAAUGGCUCAGAGCUGUCAUGUUUUGACAGUCCUCAGAUCAGCAGAUCCACCUACAGAGAGUGUUGUCAGUGCCAUCAAGACUCAUCUCGGGCCUGUGGACCUGCUCACUUGAUCCCAUCCUUGUGCUGUGAUGAAGCCUGCAGCAUUGAACAGCUGACUCUGGGCUGUGGAGCACAUUCCAAGCUCACUCUUCAGGACAGGAGUGCUGGUCCCCUAGGAGAUAUGAUGCCUGCCUUUUUGGGGUCUCUUUCACGAUCCAUCUGUGGUGAGUUUUCAGAUGCUUGGCCCCUGAUGCAAAAUCCCAUUUGUGGUGACACCAUCUCCUGCUGUGACUUUUAUCCUGAAAUUGCCAGAGAAGACAAUAAUUCUCUCAAUCCAGAGAAUGAAAGUACAGUGUCUAUGGAUUUACUCAGCAAUCAUCAGGAUUUGACUGCUGGAGCUGUUCCAAUGCAAGCUUAUUCUGGAACUCUUCAAGAAACUGCUGGUUUAUCUAGCCAUAGCAACUCACAGAGAGAACCCACAAGAUCCUGGGAUACCCUAAUUACCAGACGUCAACUGGAGCAAGAAAGAGGGGAUACCAUUAACGUUAGCACCCAAACAUCCAUCUAG